AUGAUCUCCCAUACGGGAUGGCGAUCCUCGAGUGCCUUUGUUACGUUGGUUGUCUGUGUCGCUAUUUUUACCGACAUUUUCAUCUAUGGACUAAUUGUCCCCGUGCUGCCCUUUGCCCUAAAGGUGCGAAUGGGGAUGCCAGAGAAUGAUAUUCAAUCCUGGGCCUCGACCUUUCUGGCUAUCUAUGGAGCCUCUAUUUUUCUAGGGUCUUUACUCUUCGGCUGGAUAGGCGGCCACUCAAAGACAAGGAAAGGCCCAUUCCUCCUCGGUCUGAUCGUCGUAGGCGGCGCCACUCUCCUAACCGCCCUCACAACAUCCCUCCCUUUAUUUCUUCUAGCCAGAGUGCUCCAGGGAAUCUCCACCUCCAGCAUCUUCACAAUCGGCUACUGCCUCCUCCUCGACACAGUUGGGAGUAAGCAUAUCGGGAGCGCCAUAGGCUUCACAAGCAUGGGCCUAAGUCUAGGGCUCUUCGCCGGUCCCCUCAUCGGCGGUUUCAUCUACGAUAUAGCCGGUUACAUGGCUGUUUUUGCUCCGGCUUUCGCUCUUGUACUCAUCGAGAUUAUCCUCUGUGGACUCCUCAAGCCCCUACCACCCGGAUAUAAACAGAAACACCAUCCAUCGCCUGAACAGUCACCCCUAUUACACCAGCCCCCAGAAGGACAAACACAAUCUUCACCCCCAACCCUUCUCAUCCUCCUCUGCUGUCCCCGCUUCCUAAUCGCCAUGAUAGGCAUGUGCAUGCUAAACACCUUCAUGACAGCCCUCGAGGCCGUCCUCCCAGUUUACCUCCAGGAUCUCUUCAACUACACAUCCAGCCAAAUAGCCAUCGUCUUUCUAUCUUACUCCCUUCCGCUCAUGCUUCUUUCUCCUCUUGCUGGUUACUGCGUGGACCGGAUCGGUCCAUACUGGCCAGCUAUUUCAGGCUUCGCGCUCACUGCACCGAGUAUGAUGCUUCUGGGAAUGAUUCAGGAGAAUACAACUCUGUAUUCAGUGUUGUUACGGUUAUUUUUAUUUCUGUUUGGGUGUGGAGUGUCAUUGGCCAUGCCUGCUCUCAUGACGGAAAUUAGUAUGGCGACUGAGGCGGUUGAAAAGCGUCAUCCUGGGGUUUUCGGUGUCCGGGGUGCGUAUUCGCAGGCGUAUGGGUUGAGUAAUGCUGCUUUUGCGGCUGGGACUCUUGCCGGGCCACUUUAUGCGGGGUAUAUUCGUGAAUGGGGUGGUUGGGUGGCUAUGGCUGUUUCGAUGGGAGUGCUGAGUCUUGCUACGGUGGUUUUGGUGGCUGUUUUUACGGGGAGACGGGGUGGACGUGGGAGGGAGGAUGUUUGA